AUGGCAAAGAUCAAGAAGAACGCCUUAAUAUGCUGCUGUGUGCUGCUGGCCGUAGUCGUCGUCCUCGCCGUCACCCUCGUCGCGCUCUACUUCACCGUGCUCCGGGGCGGCCCGCCGCGGGUGGCUGCGACGGCGGUGGACACGCGACUCAACACCUUCGAAGUCCUCCCGCCGGAGCUCAACCUCUCGCUGGCCGUCGAGGUCACGCUGCACAACCCGAACCACGCGCGGUUCCGGUACGGCGAGGUGGUCACGACGGUGACGUACCACAACACGACGGUCGGGCAGUCGACGGCGCCGGCGGGGGAGAUCCAGGCGCGGUCGAUGGCGACGGUCGGGGCGGCCGGGCAGGUGGACGCGAAGAAAGUCAUCCUGCACAAUCUCUACGCGCUGGACGUGCUCACCGGGGCGCUGCCGUUCCAGGCGGCGACGUCGGUGGCCGGGAAUGCAGCCGUGCUCCGGCCGUUCAGGGUGAGCGCGGCGUCCCAGGUGGCGUGCAACGUCGUCGUGUACCCGUUCAAGAGGGAGAGCAGCUCGCAUUGCACGUCCACGGUUCGUGCAACCUGA